AUGAGCGUCAUGGAACCCCUUUCUGCCAAUAGAACGGCUCAGUUUCGGACGUUGGAACGUGAAGCGCGGUUUGUGAGCCCGCCAAAAGAUAAAUCGGCGUACCCGCUGCUGUACGAGGCAGUCGAGCCGCAUGUGGGGUCGUUCAAUGCGCUCACGGAAGGCCCGGGCGGCGGGCUGCUGAACCUGGGAGCGCGCGACAUCGGCGCGAAGGUGGUGUUUGACGGCAAGGCGUCGGACGAGAACCCGAACUACCUGGGGAACAAGCUGGCGCUGAGCGUGACACAGGUGUCGCUGACGAAGCCCAUGUCCAAUGACGGUGUGACUGCGGCGGCCGAGCGGAACGUGUUUCCCGCGGAGGCGCGGAAGCGGUUGACGACGUACAGAGGCAAGCUGCUGCUGAAGCUGAACUGGUCCGUCAACGACGGCGAGGAGACCUUCAGCGAGGUGCGCGACUGCGGGCCGCUGCCGGUGAUGCUGCAGAGCAACCGGUGCCACCUGCACAAGAUGUCGCCGCAGGAGCUGGUGGAGCACAAGGAAGAGUCGGACGAGCUGGGAGGGUACUUCAUCGUGAACGGUAUCGAAAAGCUGAUCAGAAUGCUGAUUGUGCAGCGCAGAAACCACCCCAUGGCGAUCAUCCGUCCCUCUUUUGCCAACAGAGGCACGUCCUACUCGCACUACGGUGUGCAGAUCAGGUGCGUGCGUCCAGACCAGACAUCUCAGACGAAUGUUCUGCAUUACUUGAAUGACGGGCAGGUGACGUUCAGAUUUUCUUGGCGGAAAAAUGAAUACCUGGUGCCUGUAGUUCUGAUCUUGAAGGCGCUGACUGAUGCAAGCGAUCGCGAGAUCUUUGACGGGAUUGUGGGUGCGGACACGUCGAACUCGUUCUUGACCGAUCGUUUAGAAUUGCUACUGCGGGGCUUCAAGAAGAGAUUUCCGCAAUUGCUGAACCGCCGGCAAGUUCUCCAGUACCUGGGUGACAAGUUCCGUGUUGUGCUGCAGGCGUCACCCGACAUGAGUGACUAUCUGGUUGGCCAGGAACUGUUAAGACGUAUCGUUUUGGUGCACCUGGGAGAUGAAAACACGGACAAGUCUAACAUGUUGAUGUUCAUGAUCAGGAAGCUAUAUUCUCUGGUUGCAGGCGAAUGUUGCCCGGACAAUCCAGAUGCGACGCAGCACCAGGAAGUACUACUGGGAGGUUUCCUCUACGGCAUGAUAGUCAAGGAAAAGAUCGAGGAGUAUCUGCAAAACAUCAAACUACAGAUACAGGCCGAUGUUAAUCGGGGUAUGCCCGUCGAUUUCAAAGACAGGAAGUACAUGACAAGGGUGCUCACGAGAAUCAAUGAAAAUAUCGGAUCCAAGCUACAGUACUUUUUAUCCACCGGUAACUUGGUGUCCCAAUCCGGUCUGGAUUUGCAGCAAGUUUCUGGUUACACAGUUGUUGCGGAAAAGAUUAACUUUUACCGUUUCAUAUCUCAUUUCAGAAUGGUUCACAGAGGUUCUUUCUUUGCACAGUUGAAAACCACCACUGUGAGAAAGUUACUGCCAGAAUCCUGGGGUUUCCUGUGCCCUGUCCACACUCCCGAUGGUUCUCCGUGUGGUUUGCUGAACCAUUUUGCGCACAAGUGUAAAAUAUCCACCACUCAGUCAGAUGUUUCAAAAAUCCCAACGCUUCUUUAUAGUUUGGGCGUCUCUCCAGCCGCUCAUGUUACUGCUGCAGGCCCUUCGUUGUGCUGCGUGCAACUGGAUGGUAAGAUUGUCGGUUGGUGCUCUCAUGAACAAGGCAGAAUUGUAGCGGAUACGCUGAGAUAUUGGAAAGUGGAAGGAAAGACUGAUGGCUUGCCUUUGGACCUUGAGAUAGGUUAUGUUCCAGCAUCAAAAAGAGGACAAUAUCCUGGACUGUAUCUCUUCGGUGGACACUCUAGGAUGAUGCGCCCAGUACGCUACUUGCCACUGGAUAAGCAAGACAUUGUUGGUCCUUUCGAACAAGUCUACAUGGACAUCGCAGUCACACCUGAAGAAAUCCAGAAUAACGUCCAUACUCAUGUUGAAUUUUCACCAACAAAUAUUCUGUCCAUUCUUGCUAACCUGACUCCAUUCUCUGACUUCAACCAAUCUCCCAGAAAUAUGUACCAAUGUCAGAUGGGUAAGCAAACAAUGGGUACACCCGGUGUGGCACUAUGCCAUCGUUCCGAUAACAAACUCUAUAGACUGCAGAGCGGGCAGACUCCUAUCGUGAAGGCGAACCUGUAUGAUGACUAUGGUAUGGACAAUUUCCCUAACGGAACCAAUGCUGUCGUCGCAGUUAUCUCUUACACAGGUUACGAUAUGGACGAUGCAAUGAUUAUCAACAAAUCUGCAGACGAAAGAGGGUUUUCUUAUGGUACUGUCUACAAAACUGAGAAAAUUGACUUAUCUUUAAGCAGGGGCCGUGGUGAUCCUGUUACACAGCAUUUCGGGUUUGGAACCGAUGAGUGGCCUAAGGAAUGGCUGGAAAAGCUGGAUGAGGAUGGUCUACCUAUCAUUGGCUCCUACGUCGAGGAAGGUGAUCCUAUUUGCGCCUACUUCGACGAUACGUUGAACAAGACUAAGAUCAAAACUUACCAUUCGAGCGAGCCAGCUUAUAUCGAGGAAGUCACUUUGAUCGGAGACGAAUCCAACAAAUUCCAAGAACUUCAAUACAUCACCAUAAAAUACCGGAUAAGAAGAGUUCCUCAGAUUGGUGACAAGUUCUCUUCCAGACACGGUCAGAAGGGUGUGUGCUCUAGAAAGUGGCCAACCGUUGAUAUGCCCUUCAGUGAAACGGGUAUUCAGCCUGAUGUCAUCAUUAACCCACAUGCAUUUCCUUCUCGUAUGACUAUUGGUAUGUUUGUCGAGUCCCUAGCAGGUAAGGCAGGUGCUCUGCAUGGUAUCGCCCAGGACGCUACUCCGUGGACUUUCAGCGAAGAAGACACGCCAGCAGACUACUUUGGUGACCAGCUAUUGAAGGCAGGCUACAACUACCACGGUAACGAGCCAAUGUACUCUGGCGCAACAGGUGAAGAACUGCGCGCGGACAUUUACAUCGGGGUGGUGUAUUACCAGCGUCUGCGUCACAUGGUCAACGACAAGUUCCAGGUCCGUUCCACGGGUCCUGUUAACAGUUUGACCAUGCAGCCGGUGAAGGGAAGAAAGAGGCAUGGUGGUAUCCGUGUAGGUGAAAUGGAAAGAGACGCGCUCAUCGGGCACGGUACCUCCUUCUUGUUGCAGGACCGUCUGCUCAACUCCUCGGACUACACGCAAUCUGCUGUCUGCCGUGAGUGUGGCUCGAUCCUAACCACCCAGAGCAGUGUUCCGAAGAUCGGAUCGAUGGUCACCAUACGCUGUCGUCGUUGCGCCAUUUCCUUCGAUGAAGCUAAGAAGAUCAUCACGCAGCAGGAUAGCGAAGACUCUAUUUUCAUUGACGACUCGCAUAUAUGGGAGGAUGGCCAAGGUAACAAGUUUGUGGGCGGCGGUAACACCACGACAGUGGCAAUUCCGUUUGUCUUGAAGUACUUGGACUCAGAGCUUGCCGCUAUGGGCAUCAGGUUGCGUUACAACGUCGACCCAAAAUAA